AUGAGACACAUGGCAGACCAUAGAGGAGGCCAUGCAGGUGGUGGGCAAGGAAUGAGACACAUGGCAGACCAUAGAGGAGGCCACAUAGGAUGCCAUGCAGGUGGUGGGCGAGGAAUGAGACACAUGGCAGACCAUAGAGGAGGCCACAUAGGAGGCCAUGCAGGUGGUGGGCGAGGAAUGAGACACAUGGCAGACCAUAGAGGAGGCCACAUAGGAGGCCAUGCAGGUGGUGGGCAAGGAAUGAGACACAUGGCAGACCAUAGAGGAGGCCACAUAGGAGGCCAUGCAGGUGGUGGGCGAGGAAUGAGACACAUGGCAGACCAUAGAGGAGGCCAUGCAGGUGGUGGGCAAGGAAUGAGACACAUGGCAGACCAUAGAGGAGGCCACAUAGGAUGCCAUGCAGGUGGUGGGCGAGGAAUGAGACACAUGGCAGACCAUAGAGGAGGCCACAUAGGAGGCCAUGCAGGUGGUGGGCGAGGAAUGAGACACAUGGCAGACCAUAGAGGAGGCCACAUAGGAGGCCAUGCAGGUGGUGGGCAAGGAAUGAGACACAUGGCAGACCAUAGAGGAGGCCACAUAGGAGGCCAUGCAGGUGGUGGGCGAGGAAUGAGACACAUGGCAGACAAUAGAGGAGGCCACAUAGGAGGCCAUGCAGGUGGUGGGCGAGGAAAGAGACACAUGGCAGACCAUAGAGAAGGCCACACAGGAGGCCAUGCAGGUGGUGGGCAAGGAAAGAGACACAUGGCAGACCAUGGAGGAGGCCACAUAGGAGGCCAUGCAGGUGGUGGGCGAGGAAUGAGACACAUGGCAGACCAUAGAGGAGGCCACAUAGGAGGCCAUGCAGGUGGUGGGCAAGGAAUGAGACACAUGGCAGACCAUAGACGAGGCCACAUAGGAGGCCAUGCAGGUGGUGGGCAAGGAAUGAGACACAUGGCAGACCAUAGAGGAGGCCACAUAGGAGGCCAUGCAGGUGGUGGGCAAGGAAUGAGACACAUGGCAGACCAUAGAGGAGGCCACAUAGGAGGCCAUGCAGGUGGUGGGCGAGGAAUGAGACACAUGGCAGACCAUAGAGGAGGCCACAUAGGAGGCCAUGCAGGUGGUGGGCGAGGAAAGAGACACAUGGCAGACCAUAGAGAAGGCCACACAGGAGGCCAUGCAGGUGGUGGGCAAGGAAUGAGACACAUGGCAGACCAUGGAGGAGGCCACAUAGGAGGCCAUGCAGGUGGUGGGCGAGGAAUGAGACACAUGGCAGACCAUGGAGGAGGCCACAUAGGAGGCCAUGCAGGUGGUGGGCGAGGAAUGAGACACAUGGCAGACCAUAGAGGAGGCCACAUAGGAGGCCAUGCAGGUGGUGGGCGAGGAAUGAGACACAUGGCAGACCAUAGAGGAGGCCACAUAGGAGGCCAUGCAGGUGGUGGGCGAGGAAUGAGACACAUGGCAGACCAUAGAGGAGGCCACAUAGGAGGCCAUGCAGGUGGUGGGCGAGGAAUGAGACACAUGGCAGACCAUAGAGGAGGCCACAUAGGAGGCCAUGCAGGUGUGGGCGAGGAAAGAGACACAUGGCAGACCAUAGAGGAGGCCACAUAG